CUGCUUGAAAUGGAGCCUCCCUUUGAUAUAAGUAAUCUCAUUGAACAAAUGUACAAGGAAAUAAAAUCUUUGGAAGUAACUGUUAACCAAGGCAUUCCUGACAUGCAGACAGAGGAAUGUGCAAUUAACCUGUGGAACUGGGGAGUCACUAAGAAAUCUGAAGAUUCUAUCACAAAAAUGGAACAAGCUAUGGUGCGGCAUAUAUCAUGCAGGCUUGGCUACUGGUGUCAAGGUUUGGAGCCAUCUGAAGAAAUUGUGGAGAGAAACAUUUUGAUGGCUAUGAAGACUGGAAAAGGCUGGAUAGAUGCUGGGACACCUGAAACUGGAACUGAAUUUCUUGAAAUUGCCCUAAAUAAUUUGGAAAAAUUUUAUUCCAUGAUGACUCAAAGGAGCACUCAAGAGACAGAUGUGAACUUGCAUAAAGCCCAUGUGGAACGGGAUAUUUUUAAAGUGUUAACAUAUCAGGUUGAAGCUGCAGUGUAUCUGGAAAAUUUUGAAUUGGCUUCACAUUUGAUUCAAAGAUGCAAAGAUAUGUUACAGAGACAACCAAAUAAGGCUUCAUACCUGUCUAUACUGUGCUAUAACUUUGGAGUAGAGAUGUAUGAAAAGAAGUUUUUUGAUCAAAGUUCCUUUUGGUUAAGCCAGAGUUAUGAGAUUGGGAAGACAGAUAAGAGAUAUAACACUGGACAUGAAAUGCAGGCCAAAGUUCUUAGAUUACUUGCUACAGUCUAUCUGGAAUGGGACUGCAGAAUUCACAAUGACAAAGCACUUAAUGCCAUUCGAUUAGCUAAUGAGGAACACUUGCAUCCAUCUGGUCUUUUUCUGAAAAUGAAAAUCCUUCUCCAUUGCUCUUUGCCUGAUGAUGUCAUCAGCAUGGCAGCCGUAGAGAUGCUGUGCCAUGAACUGUCAUUGGAUAUUUACCUGAACACAGUUAAACUACUUAUGAAGCACAAUAGGGAUUCUGUUGGAUUUGAUUUCCUCAAAAUGGUCUGUAAUCACUUUGAACAAUCUCCUGAUAUUGGGAAGGCUCUACUUCUGCAAAUUGAACUUUUACUGAAGAGGGGGAAGGAAUUUCUUGCACGACAAAAAGUGGAAGAUUUAAUCACAGGGCACUACACAGGAAAACAACUGCCUGUAGACAUGUUGAACCAUUUGCAUCUUAUCUUGUGGGAUUGUGCAACCAAAAGUUUUGAGUUCAAAAAUUAUUCUGAGGCAUUGCAAUGGUACAACUAUUCUCUAAGUUUUUAUGCUGCAAAUCAUAAUGAUCCCAACCUUGCUAAACUUCAGAGGAAUCGGGCCUCCUGUUUUCUAUACCUUAACGAGCCAUUAAAGGCAAAGGAAGCUGUAAUUGCAGCUGAGAAGUGUGAAAAAGGCAGCAUCUUCACUCAAUUCAUCUCAUAUAAAAUUGCAAUUAAAGAGAAUGAUGACUUAGAAGCUACAAAUGCUAUCUCAGCUAUGGGAAAUAUGGCAGAUCAGACAGACAUGGAGAUGCUUUUGGAGGAAAACUGUUCAGCAAUAGAUCUGCUCAGCUUAGCAGCACAAAUAGCUCUAGACCACCUGCACAGAGUAGCAGGAACCCAGGAGCAGAAACCAUAUUGCAGACCAUGGACGCAGAAGGUGACAGCUUGGAAUUUGGCUGUACAAACUGAGGACUCCCCACUAAUGAUGAAAGACUGCUUUCUUCUUUCUUACAAGAUUUCCUUGCACUGCCCUUGUGACAGGACAGUGCUAGUAGCUCAAAAGUCAUGUUUAUUAAUGGCGGCAUCAGUUGACCUCGAAAUGGCUAGAAAUACCACUUGCCACUCUGAACAGGUUCAGCUGCUAACUAAAUCACUGGAGAAUAUUAAACUGUGUCGAGAGGUUUGGAUUAUCUUACAGUCUACUGGUACAGUAUUUUAUAACCCUACUGAGAUCAUUUUGCUUCUUUUUGAGUUCGAAGUAAGAGCAAAAUUAAAUGAUCCAGGGCUAGAGACUGUAUUGGAGUCAGUGUGGAAUUUGUCUAUCCUGGACACUAAAACAUUGGAAUCUAUUGCAUCUCUAUCAAUGGAAGUUCCAGCAUAUUAUCCAUCAAUUUGCAAGAAAGUAUUAUUGGCUGCUUUAAAUCUGCAUAAGAAGCAGGACUCAUUGAAUGUCUACAGAAUAAGUAAAUGCCUACAUAGUCUAAUAAAGUUGACCUUACCUGAAAGGUCUGUGGAGCUAGAAAAUUGUGACAAAGAGGAAGCAUGGCGGUAUUAUCAAGAGGCACUUACCAUUAUUUCCACUUAUGAAAACUAUCCAGGGGCAGAAAUCCUAUGGCUGAUGACUCAUGCAUGGAACACAGGGAUUUACCAGUAUGGUGAAGGGAAAUACUCAGAUGCUGCACGCUGGUGUUCACUGGCACUAUCUUUUCUAAGUUAUUUGGGAUCCUUGAAGGGCAGUUAUGAAAGUAAGACCAAUGGACUCUGUGAACGGUUCAAUGGCACCCUCAAACAGAUGCUAAAGACCUUCGCAGAGUCCCACAGGAAUCGGGAAAAGUAUCUUCCCCACCUUCUGUUUGCCUACCGCGAAGUGCCCCAGGCAUCCACGGGGUUUUCCCCCUUCGAACUCCUGUUCAGGAGAAAAGUCUGGGGCCCUCUGGAUCUCGUACGGGAGCACUGGGAGGGCAACACGGAUGAGGGGGGAGUACCUGUCGUCCAGUAUGUUCUGGAGUUCCGGGACCGAUUGCGGGCUCUCACCGAAUCCGUUCGGGAGAGCCUGCGGGCGGCCCAGGAAUGCCAGAGGAAGUGGUACGAUAGGGGAGCCAGAGAUAGGGUACUAGACAUAGGGCAGAAAGCGUUGGCCCUGAGACCCGGUAAAAAGGACAAGCUGCAAGCGGCCUGGCAGGGACCCUUUAAGGUGGUAGAGCGCAUAAGCGAUACCACCUAUAUUGUGAGCAAAUGUUCAGAUGAAAGGCUGACCAAAGCUUUUCAUGUAAACAUGCUCAAGCCCUAUUUUGAGAGACCGGAAGAUUUCAAGGUUAUGCCCUUUGAGAUGAAGAAUGCCCCGGCUACUUUUCAGAGGAUGGCCGAUAGGCUCUUGGAGGGGUUCCAGGACUUUGCAUGUGCGUAUCUAGAUGAUAUUGCCAUCUAUAGCCGCACAUGGGAGGACCACCUGGGUCACGUGUCCAGGGUACUAAAACGAAUUCAUCUUGCAGGUCUCACCUUGAAACCGGACAAAUGCCAUGUAGGCAUGGCCGAGGUGCAAUAUCUCGGCCACAGGGUAGGUUCUGGUAGGCAGCGUCCAGAGCCGGCUAAAGUAGAGGCCAUAGCUAAUUGGCCCCAACCCCGUACCAAAACCCAUGUAUUAGCCUUUUUAGGGACGGCCGGUUACUACCGAAUAUUUGUCCCAGAGUAUAGCGCCCUGGCCAAACCUCUCACCGACCUUACCAAAAAGGCCGUACCAAAACAGGUAACCUGGACCCCAGAGUACCCGGACGCUUUCCAGAGACUUAAAGCAGCAUUAAUCGAGGCUCCUGUGUUGGCAGCACCCAACCACACUAAACUAUUUCUUGUCCACGCAGAUGCCUCCAUGUUUGGGUUGGGAGCCGUGUUGAGCCAAGUGGGGGGGGACGGCAUGGAACACCCGGUGGUAUACCUCAGCCGUAAACUUUUGCCCAGAGAGGUCAGCUAUGCCACCGUGGAGAAAAGUGCCUUGCCCUAG